AUGGGGCGGCUCUCGGUGCCGGUGCUGCUGCUGCCGCCCGUGCUGGUGCUGUGGCAGCUCGGCGGAGCCCAGGCUCAGGGCACGUGUCCGAGGCCGGAGCGGCUGCAGUACGCGGAGCUCAACGAGAGCUCCAGGGAAAUCCAGGAUUUUCCACCUGGGACCAAAAUCUCCUUCACCUGCCGGCCGGGAUACGUGAGGGUGCCAGGGAAGGCACUGACCUGGACAUGUGGUGAGGACUUGCAGUGGGCACCCAAGGACGUGUUCUGUACAGCGAGAAAAUGUAUUUACCCAGGAGACUUGGAAAAUGGUUAUUUUGAUCCCACAGAUCUUACCUUUGGUUCAAAAUUGACAUUUCAUUGUAAAGAAGGGUACAGGUUACGGGGUAAGGGAGAGAUUUCCUGUGAUAUCAAGAAUGGAGAUGUUGGCUGGAGUGGAGUUCUGCCUUACUGUGAAAGAAUUCCUUGUGAGCCACCUCCCAAAAUAGCCAACGGGGACUACGAGGAAAGAGCCAGCUACGUGUACCAGAGCUCGGUGACCUACAGGUGUCAGGAUGUCCCCAAGGGCAGUGAUCCCUUCUCCCUCAUUGGCUCAGACACGAUUCACUGCACAUCUGAUGAACACUCAAAUGGAGUUUGGAGUGGGCCACCUCCAGAAUGUCGAGUGGUCAAAUGUGAAGACCCCAGAGUUGAAAAUGGGAGAAAAAAAUCUGGAUUUGGACUUACCUACAGAUACAAGGACUCGGUUGUGUUUGAGUGUAAUGAAGGCUAUUUCUUGGUUGGAGCAGAGGUAAUUACCUGUGAAGAAAAUAACACCUGGGAUCCUCCAAAACCAACCUGUGAGAAAAUUACUGCAGAUGUGUGUCCUGCCCCGGAGAUCCCCAAUGGGGUCCUGACUCCAGGCAAGCCUGCCUAUGCAAAAGGAGAGUCUGUGCACAUCAGGUGCAAUGCUGGCUGCUCCUUCCCUGGUGGCUCUGCAGAGAUGACAGUGACCUGUCAAGAACAGAGUUCCUGGGGUGCUUUGCAGCACUGUACCUGUGAGCCUGAAGGUUCUGGUUCCACGCCAGUCAUAAGUUAUGGGAGAGUGAUAGCUGGACAAAAACCUUCCUAUUUUGUGGGGGAUUUCAUUACCAUUGAAUGUUACACGGGGUACACCUUGCACGGGGAGCCUCGCAUUCAGUACAUUGGAAACAACCACUGGGAGCCUGCAGUGCCAACCUGCCAGCUCAGUGGAUACAUUAUAGCCAUCAUCUGUGUGAUUGUGGUAGUUGUGGUGCUCCUGGCAGCCUUCUGGAUCUACAAGAAAUUCUUCUCACAGAAUGGGAAACGUGACAGCACUCCCAGUUCUGCCGAAUAUAAGAUGUGUAAAGCAUGACUGCCCUUGCUGGGGGGAGGGAGGGACUCUGCAGUGGGAUGUCCCUGUCAGAGCUGGACAAGGAUUGAUUGCCCUUGCAGUGAGUGGCUGUCCUUGAGUUCCUUGUGCUGUGUCUUGCUCUGCUGAUGAACUGGAGGAGGAGAUGCUUGAUAGGAUAAGAAGUGUGUGUGCAUAUAGCUGACACAGAUCCUGCUUUGCCUUCUGGGCCCCUCACUGUCCUUCUGUCAGCUGGGGGAAAGGCAGUACCUGCAGCAUGCCAGAGUCUGUGGGAGUGCUGCAAUGUCCCUGUCCCAGUGCUGCUGCCUUCAGUGCCACCUCUUGGCUUACACAAGAUGUCCAGUAUUCCCCUCUCUCCUGUAGAGCUCUGCUCACUCAAACCUGGCUGUCCUUCCCAUCCCUUUUUGCUAGAGGUGGUGUAAAUGGUUCUGUUGUUUCCUUUGUGCUCUGAAAUGUGUUGUUGCUCAUUCCCUGAAGUCUGGUGCCGUUGAAGGCGAUGUCUUUUGGAAACUAUCACAAUUAAGAUCUUAUAUACUCUACCUCUUUGUCUGCCAAAGUUGGUUGCUGUAUAUAUAAUGAAUUAAAAUGUGCCUUGAAAUCAGAGUUUUAUAGCUUUUCCUUUGCUUUUGAGAAGGAAAAAAGCCAUAUAUAUUUCUGAUUCUUUGCUGUAAUCUCCCAAAGACUGCAGUGGAUUUGUUGGACCUGAAGACUGAAGGAUUCUGUAGCAAAGGCAUCCCCUGCUGUUGACAGGAGAUCCCUAAGUAAAGGAACUGCUGAGAGCUCAGUGGUGGCCAUGUCCUGUCAUGAGCACAGUGGAAGUUCCUUAGGGUGCUCGAUUUUAGUGAGCCUUGAGGUCAGUUCUGCAGAUCUUCUGUUGCUUUCAAGGAUAGAAACAGGUGCUGUGUGAUCCACCUACCUUGCUUUUUUGCUUGAAGUCACAUAUUCCACAUUUCUAACCUCUGGCUGCAGACUGGGAUGUUAAAUCAAGCUCUGAAAAGCUGGAUUUUGCAUCAGGUUCCUGUUUAGAAGCAGAAGAUUUUCCCUGUCACUCACUUUUCAUGUUAAAGGAAAACCAAAUCAGUUCAGUUGUGUGAGUGCUGGUAGAUGUGGUGGUCUCUUGUUUGCUGCUUGGUGCUGGUUCAGCGAAUGUUUCAGUCCAGAUCCUGGCUCCAGGAGCUCCCACCACUGUGUUUGCCACUAGUUUAGAAUCACUGCUGCUUCUAAUCCUCAGCAAACCCCAAAUCUUAACUAGAACAGGUUUUAGCUCCAUGAAUCUCACUAUCAGCAUGCAGGCAGCUUCUAAUUUUCACAGAAAACCCAAAUAGCCUCACUUCAGAUGCCUGAGGCAGCAUUGAAAGUGCUCUGGCUUGUGUGUGGCUGCUUGGCACUGCUCUCCCUGUCAUCAACAGAUUGUUGGAGUGGCACAGAACUGUUUGGGGCUUUAUAGGGAUUUUUGGGACAGUCCCAGCAGUCGUAUUGUUGGAGUUCAUAAUAGGCUGUGGUUGUUAGAAAGGGGCUUUGGCUCUGCAGAAGGAUUUGCUGUUGGUGGCCUGGCUGAUAGCUCAGUUUGAGAGUUGUUUGUAAACACUGGGAUGUGUGACUGGGACUGAGUGUGGGGCUGGUCAGGAGCUCAGCUUGCUUUGUGUGGCAUCUGCAAUGUCUGAAAUACACUGGAAUGUUCUUAACUGGGAAGUGAAAUCACUGUAAAAAGUGGCUGUGUUUUUGCUCUUCUUUCUGGAUGUAAAGAUUAGCAAUGAUUUGUACUAUUCCAAAUAAAAAUGUUAAAUUA